AUGGCCUCAGUGAUGCUGGCUCAUAUAGAAUUACAACAUCCGGAGACACAUGCUUACAUUAAAUACAACAGAAAUACUCCUGUUGUGGAAUUGAUGAGAGAAACUAAAGUCUUUCAGGCACAAAUUUACAAGAUUAAGAAAGAGCCGCUUCGAACUAAGAUAAUUUCAAAGAGAUUCAAAGGUCCUGGUGGUCGUCCUGAGAAACUUAGUGUAUGUGACAAGAGAGCUUUGUUAGUGUUAAGGAUAAAUCUAUACGAGUAAAGUUUGCAAGGAAAAUGAUCAAAGAGUACGAUAUAAAUGUUUGGACCAAAGAUGUUGCCUUUUAUCUUGAUGGCGUCAGCUUCACUUACAAAAAGAACCUGAAGGAUCAAGCAGUAGCACCAACAAGAAGAGUGCAGAAAGGCGAAUGAAGAUCUUUUAGCAGGAUGCACUGCAAAAGGCAAAAAGUGUGGAGCUGGAGGCAAGACUGCAAAGUUAAUAGUUGCGAUUUCCUAUGGCAAAUGGGUCAUUUGUUGCGAGUGUUACGAGAAGAUGGAUGGCAUGUUUUUUGCAUCAUUCACUAAAAAUAAAUGCAAGAAAUUGAUGAAAAAGUCAGCAAAGCGUUCUCGGUUACUGGUUCAGGAUGGAGAUCCUUCCUAGAACAGCGCAGCUGUCAAACAUGUCAUUUUCAUCUCUUAAAUGCCCAUUGCUUGCUAUACCACCACGAAGUGCAGAUCUCAACCCGAUAGAGAACAUCUUUCACUUAGUGAGUAAACAGCUAGAGAAGGACGUGUUGGCAAAGGACAUUUCUUGUGAGAGUAUGGACGAUUUCAAACAGCACAUGAAGGCGACUUUCAUGAGCCAUUUUCCCCAAGAAAGAAGUGAUAAAACAAUAUUUUCAAUGUCUUCCAGGAUAAAAGGAAUAAUUUGUGAGAAAGGAGAGCGCCUGAAGUGUUAA